AUGGUACAAGUGAACGAUUUUACCUUUAGUGGGCUUCACAUGGCAGGCAACACAUCGAAUGUAGUUGGAUCACGGGUAACACCGGUAUUUGCAGCUCAAGUGCCAGGACUCAACACUCUUGGCAUCUCCAUGGCACGAAUUGAUUUUCCACCUUGGGGUAUCAACCCUCCAUACACACAUCCGAGGGCUAGUGAAAUUUUAACAGUCCUUGAAUGUAGUUUACAAGUAGGGUUUAUCACCUCCAACCCAGAAAACCGCCUCAUCGCAAAAGUUCUUCAAAAGGGUGAUGUCUUUGUGUUUCCUCAGGGUCUUGUCCAUUUCCAGCGCAACAUUGGACAUACUAACGCAAUUGCAAUUGCAGCUCUCAGUAGUCAAAGCCCUGGUGUUAUUACCAUUGGCAAUGCAAUCUUUGGAUCGAAUCCCGAUAUCCCUAGCGAUCUUCUUGCAAAAGCAUUCCAAGUGGACAAAAACAUUAUCUACCAGAUUCAAUCACGUUUCUGA